AUGAAACUGAGCUGCAAUGGGUGCCGCAUACUUCGCAAAGGUUGCAGUGACAACUGCAUCAUCAGGCCCUGCCUUGAGUGGAUCAACUCCCCUGAGUCCCAAGCCAACGCCACCCUCUUCCUUGCCAAAUUCUAUGGUCGCACUGGCUUGCUCAACCUCAUCACCGCCGCUCCACAAAACCUUGGCCCAGGUGCUGUGUUCAGGUCACUGUUGUACGAGGCUUGUGGGAGAUUAGUGAAUCCAACUUAUGGCUCAUUAGGUUUGUUCUGGACCGGGGAGUGGGCCCGAUGUGAAGCUGCUGUGGACGCCGUGCUGACUGGGUCCAACAUUGAUGGCGUGGCACUUCCUGAUUGGCCUACCUCAGCGACAUUUGGUGGUGGUCAUGCUCUACCAGCCUGUGAUAUACGCCACGUGCCUAGAGGAACCAUCCUCGAUGAUGUCAGAGAAAGGACUCGGUUCAAUAGAACUGGGCAAGUCACCAGACCCAAACCGCAAGUGGGUUCGGUAGACUCGGCUUCAUUGUGGAAAUCCGGUUGGGAGAGUGAAAGCGUGAUGAUGGCUUCGUUGGUGAGCCAGGACCAGCCGAACCGAACCGGUGAAAAUGGGGUGAACCUGGAACUCACUCUUGGCUUCCGUUGCCAAUCAACCAGGGGCGAGCAAAGGAAUUAUUAA